GUUCCGCAAGCCACUCCUACAUUUAUUGCCUCUAAAAAAAUCACCAAAAAGGCAGCCCCAUGGUGACCUCUUCAAACAUGCACUUUGCCACUAAGCAAGCACACAUGCACACAAACGGUAAGAGCCCACCCGCUUAGGGUGUAAGGUCAAUGUAAAAAUGAGGCUUCUGUGUGUGUGUUGUGUGGUUGUGAAACAGUGGCAAAAGAGAUUGCGAUGACCGCUUUGUAGGAGUCAGUGAGGGGAAGCGCCCAUCCAUCACCAAGGUUGAACAGAGGCAAUUUAUAAACACAACUCUAGCGGGAAUUUCUUAAUGAGACGCUUUCAGCCAAUACAAACUGAUGGGAUAUCUUGUGAGUCACCCCUGAACCAAAAAAUAAACUUCGAUCUAAUGUUCUUUUAAUGCAGUAUGUGUGCAAAUUAGUGUUUUCAUGCACAAAUUCAAUGGACCUUUCUUUCCCUUCCCAUCACUGUUGUCAAAAAUGGUUUUCUUUGCCCAACAAGUCUGACGUUUAGUGACAAAUUUGCUUUUGCUGACAAAACAAUGACAUCUGGUGGAUCUGCUGCCUUUAUGCAGAGUCACCAGUUGUUUACAUUCCUCCUGCUGAUAAACACGUUGACAUCUUCAGCUAUCGUAACGUUUCCUCAGCAAACACUCAAGGCCAACCAGCUAUGAUAAAAAUAAAUAGAAACAAACAUGAUUUAUGGUGUGUUGAAUUUUUCACUUUAGUGCGCAACUGUAGGAUUUGUGGAAUGAAUGAUGUUCUUAGUGUCUGUUUACAAAGCAUCCUCCUCAUUCUUUUCCAUCUCCCAUGGGCGAGUGAGCGCUCGCUGUCGGGGUGGAGUUCAAACAGGGUGACACCUCUUCAAGAUCCACGGCGACAUCUUACAACCGCAAAUGACGUGGCCGUCUUGGGAGCUGUCUUGUUUUCUCACUGGUCAGAUGUCACUGAAGGAGAACAGUUGCCGUCAGUAAGCGGAGCGAUAAACUUGGGUUCUGAUGAGAGAGUGGACGGACUUGGACAUGAACUUCUCAGCGGGAGGCUUUCUCGCCUCCUCGGACACUUACUGCUCAUCAGAACAGCUACUGUUCUAUGACAUGUUGGCUGACCCUGUGGGCUACCCACUGCCGGACUCUGACCUCCAGCUACUCCCUUACAGCCCACAACAGCCACAGCAGUACAAUCCAGCCAGUACGUCCUUCCCGCUCUACGGAUCGCCAUCGUCCUCCACGUCCUCAUCCUCCUCGCAGCUCGGCCAUACUCUCUAUCAUUUUGGUUCGGACUUCCUGGAGGGUCCCUGCGAUCCCAUCCCCCUCGAGCACCACUGUGAGGGCCUGCCUCAGGGCCUUGGGUUAGCAGGUUUUCCCGCGGUACGGAGGCCACGCGUCGGCUCCGUCGGCAGGAUCCGAGGUCAUGAUGAGCUUUGUGUGGUGUGUGGGGACAAAGCGUCGGGGUAUCACUAUAACGCGCUCACCUGCGAAGGAUGCAAAGGUUUCUUCAGGCGUAGUGUGACCAAGAAAGCCGUGUAUCACUGCAAGAGAGGCGGCGCCUGUGAGAUGGACAUGUACAUGCGGAGGAAAUGUCAAGACUGUCGCCUCAGGAAGUGUCGCGCUGUGGGAAUGCUGGCUGAGUGCCUUCUGACAGAGGUUCAGUGUCAGUCAAAACGACUGAGGAAAGGAGGAAGAGGAAGAAGACAGGGGGGAGAUGAGAGCCCGGACAGCAAGCAGGUCAGCUCCACCAGCAGACUACACGGACAGGUCAUUGCAUCCAGCUUAAGCCGAGACCAGAAGCACACCGUGGACAAGAUGGUGGAGGCUCAUCGAAUGUGUCGAGCCCACUACAGCGACCGCUACAGGGUGACAGCAUGGCGUCCCGUUCAAAUACACCAAUUUCGUUGUGUGCCGUUCUCACCUUGUAUUUAUGCUCAGAUGUUUGAUUGGCCGUGUGCUGAGGAAGGGGAGGGGCUUUUGGAUCUUGCGUCGCCUCACCUUCAAAGAAUUCUGCAAUUUGCCAGGACAGUGCCUGGUUUCGACUUGUUGGACUUGUCGGAUCAGCGCUGCCUCUUGUCAGCAUCCUCACUGGAUCUCAUGUUCUUGCUGUCAUCCCAGAAUUUUGCUACUAACCCUACUGCAAAACCUGCUGCAGUGCUGCAGCUUUACAGCCCAUCAACACACAGCUGUCUGAGAUUCGUCAGCUCAAAGGACAAUUUCCAAAGAUGCAACGAGGACCUCCUGAGCCCUGUGCACAACUUCUUUCAGAGCAUGGUGGCGUUGGAAGUGACCGAGGCCGAGUACACCCUGCUCGGUGCCACUGCUCUGCUCUGCUCAGACAGUUCGUCACUAUUGGCUGCCAGCUACGUGGAAAAACUGCAGGAAUUGAUCCUGGACCUACUGUCUCGCAUGUGCGGGACCCGAGUAGCUGGAGGCGGGCCGCGGCGGUUUGGUCGUCUUCUGGGGCGAUUGACAGAGCUACGAACUCUUCGUCACAACUACCUCCUCCUGACCCGAUCCAACCAUGGACCCUAAUAAUAAUAAUAAGGGAUGGAGUGCAAGGUCUUUUUGAGUCACAUGUUCUCCAUCCCAGGCAUUUUUUGACCGGCACAAAAACUGCUUGUGUUGGCUUAUGCAGCUCUUCUAGUCCAUUCCAUUUUUUUGACAGAUUCCUCAUAAGGACGGGUGGGAAAAAUAUGGUAGGUUGGCUACAUACGGCCCACUUCAAUUUUUAAUCUGGACCACAAUGAGUUUACAUUGUCAAGAGUUAUGUGGGUUGCAUUAAUUUAGCAAUUUCUCCCCUCUAAAACUUUGGUUAGCUGAUGAAAUAUAUUUAUUUUUAUUUAUUUUAUUCAUUUAUGUCAUUUAGUUAUGGUUACUUGAGU